UGUCAUUCCGGUGCGCGUUGUCGUUGUGGUUCGUUCGCCUCGUUUCGCCAGUCAAUAAAUCGCCGAUAUUUGACAAAAUCGUCAAGAUUUAACACAGUUUAUUGUCACAUUCAACUUAUACUAUCAUGUCUGGUGACGAUUCGCUCGACCAAAAGCCGAACAUCCAAGAACCGGAGCACUUUCGUAAGCUGUUCAUCGGUGGACUUGACUAUCGCACCACCGAUGACUCGCUGAAGAAGCAUUUCGAGCAAUGGGGCGAGAUUGUCGACGUCGUGGUGAUGAAGGAUCCGAAAACAAAGCGGUCGCGCGGUUUUGGUUUCAUUACCUAUUCGCGCGCACACAUGGUGGACGACGCGCAGAUUGCGCGACCGCAUCGUGUGGAUGGACGCGUGGUGGAACCCAAGCGUGCGGUGCCGCGCCAAGAAAUUGGCCGGCCGGAAGCGGGCGCGACGGUUAAAAAGCUCUUUGUUGGAGGAUUGAAAGAUGAUGUUGAAGAGGAGCAUUUGCGCGAGAAUUUCAAACAGUACGGGAAUAUUUUAUCCUGUACCAUUGUCACCGACAAGGAGACCGGUAAAAAACGCGGAUUCGGUUUUAUCGAAUUCGAGGAUUAUGAUUCCGUUGAUAAAAUAUGCUUGAAACGCUCGCAUGAAAUCAACGGUAAACAUGUUGAUGUGAAGAAAGCUUUGAGUAAGGCUGAGAUGGAACGCGCCCAAGGUUCGGGUGGUAAUAUGGGCGGUGGUGGCCGUGGUGGUGGUUCCCGUGGUGGCCCCCGCGGUAACUACAACAAUGGCGGUGGCAAUUGGAGUAACCGCGGCGGUGGUGGCCCAGGCAGUGAUUGGAACAUGGGUAACCAAGGAUACAACUCCGGCGGUGGCGGAGGAGGAGGCGGCUGGAACAAUGGCGGGCCUGGUCCUUGGGACAACCAGAACAGCUGGGGUAAUUCCGGAGGUGGCGGCGGAGGCGGUGGUGGUGGACCCAACAGCUACGGUAAUGGUAACAGCAACUGGGGCCCACCGAACGAAGGAUUCGGCGGUGGUUAUCAGCAGAACUACAAUUCAAGCGGCGGCGCAAUGCGUAACAACUUCCAGUCGAAUCGGCCAGCACCAUAUGGUAAUUUUAGAAAAGGCAAUAAUCAAGGCGGUGGUGGUGGCGGAGGCUAUGGCGGCGGCGGCUACAAUCAAAACGGAGGCAAUAUGGGCGGUGGCGGCGGUCGUCGCUUCUAAAUAAUUUAACCGACGUAAGUUCACCGCGCACACAGAACUGAAACGAGAAAAAUAGAAAUUUAACACUCAUAUA